AAAGAUGAGACUUCGACGUUAGAGGCGGAUGAAGAGUGUCAUGGAAUGACGUCGACCGACGAAUCCCCUCUUUUUAGCAGCAUCGAUGAUCCCCGUGUUUUAACGAUCUUACGAAGUUUGAAACUAAACUGUCCUUGUAGAUCAUGUACCGAACAAACUCUGCCUUUGAGCAUUCGACAAGAAGAUGACAGCGAUUUAAAGAGUUCAUCUCCGGAAGAAAUUAGAAAGAAAAAAUGGUCGUUGAAACAUCGAAAGUAUGUUUAUACAAGUACCGAAGAUAUGGAAGAUAUGGUUUCAUCUGAUUGCAGUAAAAAAGGAAAAAAAAUUCGAUAUAAAUCGAAGAAUAUUCUGAAUCAACGUAUUAAAGCAAGUUCGAUAAUACACACAACUCCGAAAAUUUCUCAUCGUCGACGAACAAGUUUUUCCUUUUUUAACACUCUUUUUGAUAUUGUUUUUUGGCCUUAUCUAUUUCUGAAAACAAAUCGGUGAAAGCUUAUUUUUUUAUUAAAAAAAAAAAUCAUGUUUAAGAACAUGAUAUUGUUAACAAGUUUCUAGAAAAUGAAUUUUUAUAAUGGUUUCUUUAAUUAUCUCUCUUUAAAAGUAUACUUAAAGCUAAAACCUCUCAAUUUAUCAUAAUUUAUGUACAAUAUAUAUGCAUCGUUUUUUAUGAACUUAUAUCGAAAAUUAUAUAUUAUUAAUUGAUAAUAUAUUUCAUUCUUCAUAUAGAGUUUAUAGAACAUUUUAGAAAAUAUUUAAUUAAUGUAUAUGUUUAAGAAAAUAUAAUUUUU